AUGGCGCCUCAGUACGAGUUUGGCGGCCCAAUUGGCGCCGCCGGCAUCGUGUUUGGGCUCCCAUUGCUUCUUUACACGUUCGCAUUUGCUUGCAAUGAUAUUUCCGGCUGUCCAGCUCCGUCCCUGCUGAAUCCUAGCAGCUUCAGUCUUGAACAGUUCAAGGCCGAAGUGGGCUGGCCCGGCUUCAGCGGCCUCCACAGCUGGGAAGUUACUGGCGUCACUCUCGGAUAUCAUUUCUUCAGCUUGCUAUUAUGGAGGAUCCUGCCUGCAGAAGAGGUGAUUGGAACCAAGUUGGUGCAACAUGGCCGUCCAUUGAAAUAUCGCAUGAACGCUUUCUCAUCCACUCUCGUUCACCUGGCCAUAUGUGCCGUCGGUACAUAUCUCAAGGGUGCCGACUUCAUUGUCUGGACUUACAUAGCCGACAAUUAUGUUCAGUUGCUGACCGCUAACAUCCUCAUUUCAACCGUGCAAGCUAUUUUUGUUUACGUUAAGAGUUUCAGCGUCGACACCAACUACCCAAACAAGGACAUGCGCGAGCUUGCCGCUGGUGGUCACACUGGGAAUCUAAUCUACGAUUUCUACAUCGGCCGUGAAUUGAACCCCCGUGUUACGCUGCCCUUCUUUGGCGAGAUUGAUCUAAAGACAUUCAACGAGAUGCGCCAGGGACUUACUGGGUGGAUUAUCAUGGACUUGGCCUUCAUUGCCAAGCAAUAUCGGACUUAUGGCUAUGUUUCCGAUAGCAUCAUCUUUGUCUCUGCUUUCCAGGCUUUCUAUGUGCUCGAUGGACAGUAUCUUGAGGGUGGAAUUAUGACCAUGAUGGAUAUCACUACUGACGGUUUCGGCUAUAUGCUGUCAUUUGGUGACCUUGCUUGGGUGCCUUUCCUAUAUUCGACCCAGGCGCGCUACUUAUCCAUCUACCCAGUUCACCUUGGGUGGACGGGUGUUGCUGCUGCUAGCGCUGUGUUUGCUACUGGUCUAUAUAUCUUCCGAGCUGCGAACUCUCAGAAGAAUCUCUUCCGCGGUAACCCGAACGAUCCUAAAGUGGCCAAGAUGUCAUAUCUUCAAACCAAGCGAGGCACAAAGCUUCUCACUGACGGCUGGUGGGGUAAGUCUCGCCACAUCAACUACUUCGGAGACUGGUUGCAAGCAUCUCCAUUCAGCCUGCCGACGGGUAUUUCCGGUUACACCAUUCUUUCUGCUGGCAGCACCGUCGCAACUGCUCAUGCUACCAAGAUGCUUGAUGGGCGCAUUGUUGUUCAGGAUCAGGCGAGGGGCUGGGGUAUUAUUUUUACGUACUUCUACGUCCUCUACUUUGCUGUUCUCCUCAUUCAUCGUGAAGGCAGAGACGACGUUGCGUGUGCGAAGAAGUACGGUGACGACUGGGUCAAGUACAAGAAGCAAGUCAAAUACCAUAUUGUACCCUAUGUCUACUAG